AUGCGGACAAAGGAGCACCAAAAGCCACAGCAGAUUCAAGUUACUGCCCAGCAAUCUCGGUUUCACACCGAAGCAGUAUCCGACCCGACCUCGAAAGAUGUGGUAGUCAAAUCCCUCUCUAUCUCCAUCGGGCAGAAGGAGAUCUUGACGAAUGCGGAACUUUCUCUCAAGGAAGGCCGGCGAUAUGUACUGGCUGGGCGGAAUGGAGUUGGGAAAAGCACGCUUUUACGGGCCAUGGCGGACAGUCUGAUCCCAGGAAUUCCCCCUAGCAUUCGCAUUCUACUUCUAGGCCAAACUCAAAGCGAUGCUUCGCCACAAGAGGCUCCAUUGGAGGAUGCUACUGCUCAGUUGUCUUUGUCUGCAUCAGAUGCCUUGUCACCAUCCCGAGUGAAACAAGACACCGAGACGCUCCUUGACCACGUCGUUCGCAGCGAUGCUAGGCGAGAGCGCCUUCUUCACGAAGAGGCUAUUCUGUCAUCGUCACUAAAAGAAACGGCGGACCCGGUUGCUGCGGUACAAGCCAUCCGCCGAAUCAACCUCGACAGAUUGAAGCGAAAACUUGAAGAAGCAAAGCGAGUUGCAGAGAAGCGGAGCGGUGCUCGAGGCGCAAAGGCCAGGAAGGAGUUGAUCCAAGUAGAGAAUGAGGUUUCUGAGGCAGAAAAGGCCGCCACGGAUGACCCAGCGUCGAACGAAGAAGACAUGGGUUCCGCGCAUGACAAUGCGUUUGGAAUGCUGGAGAGCGUACGGAUGGAGCUGGAAAGCAUGGAUGCGUCCAGUCUUCCAGGUCAGGCUCGCAAGAUCUUGAUUGGACUUGGUUUCAAGGAAGAUGUUAUCGAUGCCCCUCUAGGCCAUCUUUCAGGGGGCUGGCGGACGAGAGCCUCGAUUGCUUGCUCGCUCAUUCAACCGGCCGAUGUACUCUUGCUCGACGAACCGACUAACUUCCUCGACCUCCCUUCUAUCAUUUGGCUGCAACAGUACUUGAUCUCGGUUUCCGAGGACAAGGGAACGACCAUCCUGGCGGUAACCCAUGAUCGCGCCUUUGCCGAUGCCAUUGCGGAAGAGCUGCUCAUGAUGCGGGAGAACUCUCUGGAACGGUUCCGCGGGACACUUUCGGGGUACGAGAUGCAACGGCACAAGUACGCCAAAUGGAUGACGCGAAUGAAAGGUGCCCAGGAAAAGCAAGUGGCUCACAUGAAAGACACGAUCGAGUCCAGCAUGAAAGCGGCAAGAAGACAAGGCGAUGACAAGAAAGCACGGCAGGCUGCCAGCCGGAAAAAGAAGAUGGAAGAGCGGACAGGACUGGAGGUCAGUGCCAAAGGAACCCGCUUCAAGCUAAAUCGAGACCUCGCCGGAUACCACCUGUCGAAUCGCGCCGGCAUCGAAGUACCCAAGUUCGAUCUUUUGCCACGGAUCGUCAUCAAGACCGAAGUGCCCGAUUUGAGGUUUCCGGGCGCUUUGGUUGCGGUUGAGGGGGUGCAGUUCAGCUACCCGUCGAAAGGCCGGAAGCAGCCGAGAAAAGAGGUCCUAAAAGGUGUCAACCUGACAGUGCGACUCGGCGAGCGUGUGGGGAUCGUCGGACUGAACGGCAGCGGGAAGACCACCCUAGUCAACCUCAUCAUGGAGAAAAAUGAGGAAACGAAAACGGACGUCAAACCCACCAAGGGGACCAUCACCCGGCACCCACGCGCGAAGUUCGGCCGCUACUCGCAGCGCGUGACGGAGGAACUCACCGCCCUCGGCGAGCAGAACCGCGAGCUCACCGCGCUCGCCCACCUCAUCCAGGUAUCGGACGGGGUGGUGGACGAAGUCAAAGGACGGAAGAUCCUGGGAAGUUUGGGACUGUCGGGGAAGUCCGCGGCGGAGGUGCCGAUCUUCGCGCUCUCCGGGGGGCAAAAGGUGCGCGUCGCGAUCGCGCUGUUGUUGUUCGAUCCGCCGCAUCUACUAGUUCUAGAUGAGGUGACGACGCAUUUGGACUCCGACACGAUCGUGGCGCUGGUGCAGGCUUUGAGGGCAUAUGAAGGGGCGUUGGUGGUGGUCAGCCAUGACCGGUUCUUCAUUCGGACCUUAGUGGAGGGGGAGUCGAUUUCUUCUUUCUCGAGAAACGUUGCUGGGGUGGGAGAUGAGGAGGAGAGCGAGAGUAGUGAGGAUGAGGAGGAGGAGGCGAAGAAGGGAGAGGUGUAUCGGGUCGUGAAAGGAGAACUCAGGCGGCUGGGAGAGAUGCUGGAAUAUGAGGGAAUUGCUGAAAGAGCGGCUGAGAGGCUGAUGAAGAAAGGGUACACUUGAUGAGUUCUUCAGCCCUAGUUAAGGUUGGCUCUAUCAUAUGGUGCAGUUUCGAGUAUUCAAAGCCUGGGGUUCCUUUCAGGGCCAUUCAUCUCGCCCGGAGAAUACAUUGCGAUGACUUGAAGCUACCAGGAGACUGAACUCCACUGUUUCGACUGAUUGCCCAGGUAGGAGAGGUUCUCGGAUAGGGUUCCGGUACCAUAGCUCCAUCAUCAUCUGAACACGGUCCGGCCAGCUUUAGAAAAUCAUGCUUUAUCGUUAGCCAAGGAGAGAAUUCCGCUCCUCAAUUUCCGAUGCCCUUGCCCGAGACGACGCUUUGUCCACGGCCCUUUCGUCGGCAUCCACCCUUCCUCGCGCCAUCGCUGCCAUCCUCUCGAAUCUCGCCCGCCUAGACUAGAAUGUCAUGGUUAGUGAACUAGCAUUCGUGGCAAGAGGUUUUUCCACCACUUCCCGCGGCGCGACGAGACCC